UUUAAAUAAAAUAAUAUGCAGCGCGAGGACAAGCACUUUGAAAUGACACUUGAUGCCGUUCUGACACGGCUCAAUGAUCUGAAACUGGCUGUGCACGCCAUGAUACAAAAGCUGGAAAUGGAAUACGAAACGAUAAAUUGGCCAACUUUCCUGGACAAUUUUGCGCUGAUAUCCAGCCAUUUGACCGGUCUGACUAAAAUUCUAGCAAAAGAGCAGUGUCCGCCACUUCGAAAUCGCACAGUUCUCCCGCUUCUAGUCUCAAUGGAUCGCGACGAAACGCUGGUAAAUAUCACAGAGGGGCGUGUACCGGUCUUCUCGCAUGACAUUGUGCCGGAUUACUUGCGGACACGGCCUGACCCGAUAACGGAGCAGAAGAUGCAGCAGAACGAGCAAAAAGCAGCAAACUUAACCAACGAUGCGGCCAUGAAGCAGGUCACACAAUACAACAAGGUCGUUUCGCACGUACUAGACAUGGUGACAAAAGCGCGCGAGGAGUGGGAGAUUGAAUCCUCAGCACGCAUACAGCAGACCAGCAGCAUUUCCGAUACACAUCUGCUUGUAGCUGCUUUGGGAAUGGGAAAGGGUCUGAAAAUGACCAUGCCAAUGGGUGGAAUGCCUCCGAUGGCAGGACCAGGUCAAAUGAUGGUACCACCCUCCAUACGUGCUCCCUCACCGAUGGGCGGCCCCGGCCUAAGCCCCGGAAAUGUGCAGCAACUUGGAAAGGCGCCGUCGGCAGUAAAAACAAACAUAAAAUCUGCAAACCAAGUCCAUCCAUUUUCUCGAUAGUUCUUCGCAUAUCGAAGUAAUUUAUUGUUGCGUUUAUUAUAUAGGAGUUGUCGUCAACGGAAUGUUUCGUCAUAAAUUAUUAAGCAUUAGAAAUAGAUAAUAAAUUUAACACAUAAAUUCAUAAAAAUAGAGUCGGCUGUA